AUAAAAUAAACACAACAAAUGAAUUUGAUCAAAGUUUUGAAGAUUAUAAUAAUUUUAAUGAAUUUAUUGCUGAAAUCGAAGAAUUAGAAUCUAGCAAAAUGUUUAGUACAGAUAUGCAGAUUUUUGAAAUUAAUAAUUCUAAUAUUGAUAAUGAAGAAGAUACUAGAAUUGAAAAUUUUACAGUAGAGAUUGAAGAAACUAAUUCCAAAACAAAGACAAGUACAACAGUUAUACGAGAUCAUUUACAUAGGCAUGAAAUAUUAAAAAAGAAUGAAUUAUGUAAAUCACAUCCUGAAAAAGAACAAAUUGAAUGA